AUGCCUCAUCAAAAACUUACUGAACCUUGUGCUAUUAAUAAUUGUACUAGUUCUGCUAAAUCUUUUAGAAAUGUAACUCAAGAUUUUAAAAACAAAAUUAAUAAAUAUUUUGAUUUAGAAUAUAAUUAUUUAAAAGUUAAUGAAGAUCAAAUUUGUUUUGAACAUUACAUGACUAUUGUUAAUUUUGUUGCUAGUAAAAUAUCUGAAAAUUUAAAAUCAAAAUUCUUUAUAGAUUUAGGUGAUAUUAUUAAAACUAGUAAUAUUUUUUCUAAUUAUUCUAAUAUAUCUAAUGAUUACUUAAAAUUUUAUGAAGAAAAUUAA